AUGGGAAAUCGGCCAGACCUGGGUCUGUGCAAUGCCCAGAAAUUGUGCGGGCAGAUUGAGAGGGUGGACGGUCGCAUUCGGACUUCAACCGGGGACGACGGAAACGGCCAACGAACGAUGAUCGCCCAGCAACCGAGAGCCUUUCACGCCCGUCUCUUUGCUUGGCUUCGUUACGACUUGAUCUCACGCCGGUCUUUCCUUAACGACUCCACGAAGUUCUAG